AUGAAUACUAUAGUCAAAGGCUUCUAUAACAGCAUAUUUAAGCAGAGUAAAAGAUUGGAGGAGGCAAGAGGUGCAUUUAGAGAAGGAGAUGUUGAAAGAUCAAUUUUAGUGCACAAAGAAUAUACUCAUACAGAGGAGCACCUUGGUGCACAGAGUGAACUACUUAAGGUUAUAGUUUUUGGAGGUCUUGAUGGAAUUGUCACAAUAUUUUCGUUAGUUUCUGGUUGUGUUGCUGCCGGAUUUACAACAAUUCAGCUUCUUACGAUUUGUAUGGGUAGCCUUUUAGCAGAUGCAUUCGCUAUGUCUGUUGGAGAGUAUGUUAGCUCCAAAGCUGAAAAGGAUUUCGUUAAUUCCGAGGAACAAAGAGAAAGAUGGGAAGUCGAAAAUUGCCCUGAAGAGGAAAUAGAUGAAAUGUAUAAUAUAUACCUUUCAAAGCACGGGUUUUCUCCAGAAGAUGCACGGAAAGUUGUCGAUUUAACAUUCAAAUACAAGGAUUUCUUUAUCUCAAAUAUGAUGUUUGAAGAGCUGGGAUUGGUAUUCGAACCUGGCGGCUCCUCUCAACCUUCUUCGCUAAAAACUGCCACUUUCAUGUUUUUUAGCUUCUCUUUAUUUGGGCUCAUACCAAUGGUCUCUUUUGUAUCUUUUAAAUACAUAUUUUCCUUAUCAAGUCUACUUGACCGUCAUUCUCAAGUACUUUCUUAUACUACAGCUUGCAUUUGCUGUGCUCUUACACUAUCCAUUUUGGGAUAUAUCAAGGGGAAGUUCUGCAGUAUGCCCCCUGUAAAAUCCGCAUUAACAAUGCUUUUUAGUGGACUAAUAUCAGGCAUUGUCUCUUAUUUUGUUGUAACCUUUGUUACAUACCUUACAAGUUAA